AUGUUGUUGAUCAGACUACUGGCUAUCUUCCUCGUCCUCAUCACUAACACGUGGUUGCUCAACCCGGUUCGCUCCGAUGCUCUCAGCCGGUACAAACGCGCCAUGGCCAGGCGGGCGGACCGUGAGCUCUCCAGGCUAGCAGGUGAACCCUGCACCGUCUCCGGCGUCUGGAGGUCCCGGCGGCAACCCCGCUCCCUCUCCCCGUCCCAACACCGCCCUCCAGCGGCCCGUCCGAGGACACACACGAGCCGGAGAGAGCUGAGCACUGUUAAGAGCGCUCCUGCGGUUUGUGCAGGAGGGUGCAGGUUUGAUACCGGGGUGCACCGGGUCGCGCCGGCGGGGCAGGAUAAGGGAAGCUGGGGCGACAGAGAGGACGCGACGGCAGGAGCGGGGGACGGAUACGUUACGUCGCCCGGACGGCUUUAUGAGAAACGCUCCAUAAAUGACGGGAGAGACCCACAUUAUGGCAGUAAAGAUGCCACACAGCAGCCCGGGGUGUCUUUGCGUAAAGACGCCGGGCAGAGAGCCUCGUCCGCGGGCCACGCGCAGUCCGCACGCGGCCCCAGCUCCAGGUUCAGCCGCAGCCUCGACGGGACGUUUCCGUACGUGGAAGAGGGCAACACCAGCUGGGACAAAGUUUUGCCCGACAGCUCGACUGAUUCAAGGGGGCUCCAGGUCCUCUACAGGCUGCAGCAGGAGGAUGGAGACCAGCAGUCCUCGACCGGGACCCCGGAGGACGGCACCGAGGACUACUCCGGGGAGGUGGCGGAGGCGGACCCGCCGACGAACCUGCCCGUCGGCAGCUCCUCUCCCUGGGGGAGCCCCGUGCCCCGGGUGCCCCCCUCCUGGAUGACCGCCCUGUACUUCAGCGGGCGCCGGGAGCAGCUGAGGGUGAAGCCGGCCGCAGGGCUGGAGCUGCCGAGGGCCAAGUUCAGCCUGGAGCUGUGGGUGAAGCCUGAGGGAGGGCAGAGCAACCCUGCGGUCAUAGCAGGUGUAUUCGACAACUGUUCCCAUUCACUGAGUGAGAAGGGCUGGUCGGUGGGUAUCCGCACUGUGGAACCUGCUGGCACCAAAGAUGCACGGUUCUACUUCACGCUUCGCACAGACCGAGCUGUAAAAUCCACGACCAUCUAUAGCCACCAGCGGUACCGAGCCAAUGCCUGGACUCACCUGAUGGUCACUUACAGUGGCCUCCACAUGACCCUGUAUGUUGAUGGAGCUAAGGUGGGAGAGAGCGGCCUCCAGUCUGGGAAUCUCUACAGUCCCUUCAUGAAGACGUGUAGAACCCUCUUCCUUGGCAGUAACCAAUCAGAUCAGGGACACAGCUUCAGGGGCCAUGUAGGGGGUGUGGUCUUGUGGGGCUAUGCCCGCUCUCAUGAGGACCUGCUCAACCGGCCACUUCAAACUGACAAAAGCGAGCCACUCUUGGCGAUGUGGGCUGACUUCACGAAUGUGGAACAGCUGUGGACUCCAUACAAAGUUGGCCUCCAUCCAGCCGUCAUCACCACUCCUGCUCCUGAACAAGAACUAGUCUCCUCAUUCCUGCCGCCACCCUGCGGCCUGACGCCCUGCGACAACACCGACAUCAUCUUUGGCUACAACAACAACUGGCGGCUCCGCGCCCCCAAGCGAGUUCGCUACCGGAUCGUCAACCUUUCAGACGACGAUGGCGGAAACCCCACCGUGUCACAAGCCCAGAUCCAGCUCCAGCACCAGGCUCUGACUGAGGCCUUUCGCCCUUACAACAUCACCCUGGAUCUGAGCUUGCACACUGUAAAAAACUCCAGCCUCCGACAGCAGUUUAUCCUCAGCAACUGUCGGAUUGGGAAGAUUGGGAACCGCCAGUGCGACCCUGAGUGCGACCACCCGAGGACGGGCCACGACGGAGGGGACUGCCUUAGACUGGGGCCCUGCUACAACUGGAAGAGACAGGAUGGAGUCUGUAACAUGGAGUGCAACAGUAUACACUAUGACUACGAUGAUGGAGAUUGCUGUGACCCGGAGGUCACCGACGUCCUCAAGACCUGCUUCGAUCCGGAGUCCCCCGACAGAGCCUAUAUGAGUGUGAAAGAGCUGAAGGAGGAGCUACACCUGAGCGCCGCUGACACACUCAAUGUUUUCUUUGCCAGCAACUCGGUGCGCGAAGAGCUGGCAGGGGCUGCAACCUGGCCAUGGGCAAAGGAGGCUCUUACCCACCAAGGUGGGAUGGUAUUGAACCCAUCCUACUUUGGUGCCAUUGGCCACCACAACACCAUGAUCCAUGAGAUGGGCCACAUCUUGGGACUAUACCAUGUCUUCAAGGGGGUAAGCGAACGGGACUCCUGUGAUGACCCAUGUCAGGAGACCACCCCAUCCAUGGAGACAGGAGAUCUGUGUGCUGACACUGCACCAACACCCAAAUCCAAAGCCUGCCACGAUCCCGGAGCCGUCAACGAUACCUGUGGGGUCACCACGUACCAGGACACGCCUUAUAGCAAUUACAUGAGUUACACAGACGACAACUGCACCAACCAUUUCACUCCCAACCAAGUGGCCCGGAUGCACUGUUAUCUUGACUUGGUCUACCAGAAGUGGCUGACGGACCGGCAACCUGCCCCCAUCCCUCUGGCCCCAAUUGUGACAGACCAGAGUCCGAAUUCUGUCUCUAUCUACUGGCUGCCAUCGAUAAGGGGACCACUUUAUCAGAGCUCCUCUUUCCAUGUGUCUGCUAUCAACUGUGGAGACUGUGAGAAAGACGGCGUUUUCCACCAGUACGCCCACGAGGCUACCUCACCUCGCAUCUGUGACACGUCAGGCUACUGGACACCUGAGGAGGCGGUCGGCCCACCCGAUGUGGAGCAGCCCUGCGAUCCCAGUCUCCAGGCCUGGAGUCCCGAGCUCAGCCUUUAUGACACUAAUGUGACCUCACCAUGUCCCAACACAGAGGGCUGCACCCUCACGCUAAGGUUCCUCCACCCUAUCGUUCCACAUGCUCUCACCCUCUGGGUCACCUACAUCUCUUCAAACAACCCAGCCAUAGCCAACAUAGAGCUGAUAACGGACACAGGGAAAAGCAUUAACCUCGGACCCCAGCACGUCUUCUGCGACAUGCCCCUCACUUUGCGCCUCGACACCCUCAACGCCGCCAUCGCUGCCAUAAAACUCUGCACCUUCGAUGAGAAGAUGGAGAUCGAUGCUGCUAUGCUGUCUUCGGGCCCUGGCAGCCCUCUGUGCUCCAGCUGCCAACCUCUGCUGUACAGGAUUCAGCGGCACCCACCCUUCACCAGCAAACCCCCCCCACCUCAGACCCAGCAGACGUUCACUGACAGCUCUGUCAAGCAGGGAGUCAAGUACCAGUACAUGAUCCAGGUGGAGGCAGACGGCCUCCUCAGCGAUCCCUCCCCGCCUCUCCUCUACACCCAUGGGCAGCCUUACUGUGGAGAUGGCCUCAUACAGGGGUCAGAAGAGUGUGACGACAGUAAUCUGUUGGACGGUGAUGGCUGCUCUAAGAAAUGCCACAAGGAGAUGGGCUUCAACUGUAAUGGUGAACCGAGUCAGUGUUAUGUUUUUGAUGGUGACGGUGUGUGUGAGGAGUUUGAGCGGGGUUCCAGCGUUCAGGACUGUGGUUACUUCACACCUCUGGGCUACACAGACCAGUGGGCAUCCACUGCCACUGCUUCUCACCAGGACCCCAACCACUGUCCCGCCCGUGCUGCCACUGGGGAACCAUCGCUUACCAAGCUCUGCAGGUACCAGCACCUGGAGGUGAGUGAGAAAGCAUCCACCGAUGCCUGGUUCCCUUGCACAGCCCAGUCUGACACUAAAAAUGACCUAGAACAUGCAUUCUGGCUGAAGGUGGGAUUUGUCCAUCCUGGGGUGGCAGCCUCUGUGAUGGUGUACCUGGCUUCAGAUGGGUCGUGGUCUGGGGAGCAAUGUCGGAGGACAGCCACCAUCCUCCUGUCUGAUACUACUGGCAAGAACCACUCAUUAGGCACACAUGACCUCUCAUGCCAUCGGAACCCGUUGGUGGUGAACGUGACCCACGACCUCUCUCAGCCCUUCUUCAUCACGGCCUCUGUUAUACUCCUCUUCUCCUCCCCAUCUGUGGCAGUGGGAGGCGUGGCCCUGAGGACCUCCUGCCACUUCAGCACCUUCGCCCUGACCGGCUGUCUGCGGCAGCCGUGUCAGAUGGACAGCUGCAGUCCGCCUCAGUUAGAGCACGCUUCUGUCAGGUGUACAGGAGGAGGGGAGGCCUCUCACUGCUCUGUUCAGUGUCACCGUGGUUUCAGUGUCACUGUCGUCAACGGCAGGGGAGCGCCACCCCACCAGAGAGAAACACAUCUGGAGUGCUUCCAUGGCUCAUGGGAUCGUGUGGUUAGCUGUCAGCCUGUAGACUGCGGCCUGCCUGAUCAGUCUUACGUCUACCAUGCCAUCUUCAGUUGCCCCUGGGGAACCACCUUUGGCAAACAAUGCUCCUUCACCUGUGGAUCGCCUGCUAUACUGCAAGGCGACAGCGACAGGUUGGUGUGUUUGGAGGACGGCCUGUGGUCUCUCCCAGAGGCCUACUGCAAGAUCGAGUGUCCGGAGGUUCCAAGCGUACCCGAUGCCAAGCUGCUAACAGCAGACUGCCUGGCCUCAGGGCACGAUGUCGGUUCUGUCUGCCGCUUCAAAUGCAACCCAGGCUUCUAUGUUAUGGGGAGCCUCAAAAAGAAGACACCAAGGAAGUACUUCAAGUUGGAGUGCCUGGAGGGGGGACAGUGGGAAGAAACUAACUGUGAGCCGAUAUCCUGCCCAGCCCUGCCUGAUGUGUUCCAGGGCAUGUAUACCUGCACCAAUGGCCUGUACUAUGACACCCUGUGCACCCUGAAGUGCCCAGAGGCAACAGGAAAUAGUGAGAUUCGCUGCACUAAGGAUGGUGAAUGGACUACAGAGUUCACUAUGUGCUCCAAGAUUCAGGGAUCAUGUUCCCCUCCUUCUAAUCUCAACUCUGUAGAGUAUAGCUGUGACCAGGGCAGCGAUGUCGGUGCUGUUUGCUACGCAACAUGCAUUGUUGCUCUGGACAUGGAUCUGCGCGACCCUGUGGUCCUGCCCAAUGGCACUACAGCUGACUCUUUAAAGCACUGGAUGCUUCCCACUAAAGUCCAGAGCAUAGUCUGCACAGGGAUGAUGAAGUGGUACCCUGACCCUCAACACAUCCAUUGCAUCCAGUCAUGCGAGCCUUUUGGAGGCGAUGGCUGGUGUGACACCAUCAACAACCGGGCCUACUGCCAGUAUGACGGAGGAGACUGCUGCCCGUCCACCCUCUCCACCAGAAAGGUCAUUCAGUUUGGGGCGGACUGCAACCAGGAUGAGUGCACUUGCCGUGAUCCGGACGCUGAGGAGAAUAAGAGCAAAGCCAAGCACUUGCGAGGAGGAGGAGGAGGAGGAGGAGGAGGAGGAGCAGGAGGAGCAGGAGGAAUGCAGUAA